AACUGGCCAAAGAGCAAGUACAAAAUCUAGAAUAUCGAUGUUUUUCUAAACAAUCAGUAUUAGUUGAAAAUUAUAAAGUUGAAAACGUAGAUGAAGAAAAUUAUAUAAUUUUUAAAGAAGUAAAAUAUACUAUUAAAGAAUUUUGCGAAUAUCCAUGUGAAGUAAACAACGGAUUUAAAAAACAAAUAAAAGAUAUGUUAAAUGAGAUUCAAGAAUUACAAAAAGAUAUAGAAGAAUUAGAAAAUUUUUAUUGGUAUAUAGAUUAUGGAAG